AUGUGUUCAUUAACAAUCACAGAUUAUCAAGAUAGUGUUUAUUAAUUAAGUUUAAAUGAAUAAGAAAAUUAUAUUCUUGUGGAUAUGAUUAAUUUAUAUAUUUCGAAUAAAAUAAAAAUUUGGAGCGUAAGUUAAAAAAUUAAUGUUGAUUGUUCCUGA